CUUUGCGCCGCAGUUGGUUCCGGCUCUUGCGCGCGCGCGGUCGACCUCCCUGCAUUCGAAUCCGUUUUCUUUGAGCAGGACAGUCAUGGCCAGAUUCUCUCUCGUCCUCGGGCUGCUCGUGGUGUCGCUGACGGCGUUUACCGAAGCCAGGAGCCCCAUUCCCCCAAGAUUCAGGCCAGGAGGAUCUGUUAUAAACCCCUGUAACACCGUCUGCCCCGCCCUCUACGCCCCUGUGUGCGGCAGCGAUGGGCAGACGUACCCCAGCCAGUGCAAUCUGGAAGCGGCCAGGUGCAGGAACCGGAGACUGAGAGCCGUGAGCCAGGGAGAGUGCGGAUUCAGGCCAGGCACAGGAGGGCGCCCUUCCUGUGGCAUCAGCAUCUGCCCCGCCAUCUACGCCCCUGUGUGCGGCAGCGACGGGCAGACGUACCCCAGCCAGUGCAAUCUGGAGGCGGCCGCGUGCAGGAACCGGAGACUGAGAGCCGUGAGCCAGGGAGAGUGCGCGCCUUCUCAAAACUGCCCGACUGCUUGCCCCUUCAACUACGACCCGGUGUGUGGCAGCAACGGGAAGACCUACUCCAACGAGUGCGCUUUGGAGGCAGAGAAGUGCUCCGUCAGAGGACUCACCCUGAGACACAGGGGGGAAUGCUAGACCCCACCGGAGCGAAAUCCCCGCCCACGCCCCGCCACGCUGACUCCCCACCCCAGUCUCCUCUGACAAACCCCCCCCCACCCCCUCCUCACCCCUCCCCCGGAUGAACGCCAACGCUGCUCCGACCAUCAAUCAACACCAAUCUAAAAAAAAAAAAAUGGGUCAAAAUUGGUUCCUCUUUUGUAAUUCAAAGAUUAUUUAGGCAUUUGUAGAGCCAUGCUUUGUUAUGAGUUAUGUUCUUCCAAAUUAAACUUAU